CACCAUUUACUUUAUUUGUAAGGAAAUAAGAUGCAUUGAAAGUAUCAGUGAUCAGCAACUUUGAAAACUGUAAGAUGAGGUGGACAGCGACAUCUGGUGGCCGUGGUGAGGUAUAACAGCGCUUUAAUGAUCUAGAUUACAGGUUAAUCUGUGGUCUGUGGAAACAGAUGGCAUAUAUCUUUACACUGAUUUUGCCCAUGUGUUCACAGAUCCUAUAAUCCUUAAACAUUUGUUAGGACUGAUGUGUUAAACAGUUCAGUACAGAAUAUAAAAGUAAAUCUCCUCAAAAUGUAAAUAUGGUCUUUUUAAAGCUUGUUAUGAACAACUGGAGUUAUUAUAAUAAUUAUUAUUGAUCUAACCUGUAAUAGGUUAGAUCGGACUGGGGCAAGUUGUCACAAGGGCUGUAUAUCAGUAACAAUAAGGUUUUAAUUUUUCCUUAAAGCUAAUUUUGAGCCAAAAGACUAAUGUGUGUCUGUAUGUCCAUGUGUGCCUGUUUGUGAGUAUGUCUGUGUGUGUGUGUGAGUGUCUGUCUGUUUGUAGUAUGUCUGUGUCUGUGUGAGUGUCUGUCUGUUUGUGAGUAUGUCUGUGUGUGAGUGUCUGUCUGUUUGUGAGUAUGUCUGUGUGUGUGUGUGUGACUUUGUGUAAGUGUGUGUGAGUGUCUGUCUGUUUGUGAGUGUGUGCCUGUGUGUGCGUGUAUGUGCCUGUUUGUGAGUAUGUCUGUAUGUGUGUGUGCCUGUAUGUUUGUCUGUAUGUGCGUCUGUCUGUAUGUGUGCGCGCCCAUGUGUGUGUUUGACUUUGUGUAAGUGUGUGUGGGUGUCUGUUUGUUAGUGUGUGUGUUUGUGUGUGUGUGUGCCCUCCUGUGUGUAUGUGUGUGUGUAUAUGUAUAUGUGUGUGUGUGUAUGUAUAUGUGACUGUGUAUAUGUGUGUGUAUAUAUGUGUGUGUAUGUGUGUGUGUGUGUAUGUGUGUGUCUGUAUGUGAGUGUGUAUUUGUGUGUGUAUGUCAACAUUUGUCAUAUUUGUAAACACUUUUGAAUAAUCAGGUGAACACAAUAAAACACUUGCAUACAUCAAAAGUCAAGGUGCAUUGUAACAUACAUGUGAAUCUGAGGCAAGUUUCCAUGUGUGCUUUAAAUGUUAUUAAAUAUAUCUUAAGUUAUAUUAUAUCUUAAAGUGUGACAAUUUGCCCCGGUCUCCUCUACAUACUACGGUACUAAAUGAUUUUUAGCAUGGGUCUGAAAUGGCACCCCAUCAUAUCAGCUCUGAAUCUGACACUUUUGACGGAUUAUUAAAGGAAUGUGAGAAAUGUUAGUUUCGAAAUGAAACAGCAAACAAAAAGGAAAGUCAAUGUUAAACUCAUUAGGCGGGUUAAAGUGACCUAAUGUCCCGCGAUGACCUGCAGUAAACUGUCACAUGACGGUCUCCAGUGGGACUUUAGUUCCGUGUGCGUGUGACCGUGAACUGGGCCGCGUUGCGUUUAAUCUCCGGCGGUCGGUGCGCGUCUCCGCGCAGCCUGGAAAAGCGCGUUUACGGGGUCACGCGGGAGUGUGAUCACCACAUUCAUCAUGAUCACACGCGUGCGAUCCGCCGUCUCCAGCAUCAUCGGCGGCAUCAUGGCUUCGGGUUCCACCGGGGAGCAGAAUAACCCGGACCUCCCAGAUCCGCCGCUCCGGUUCCCGUACAGCAGGCCGGAUUUCCUCGGGCUGUCCCCGGACGAGGUUGAGUGUUCGGCGGAUCACAUCUCCAGACCCAUCCUCAUACUCAAGGAGAUGAAGCUACCCUGGAGCACCGGAUACGCCGAAGUGAUCAAUGCUGGUAAAAGUGCACUUAACGAGGACCAGGCGUGCUGUGAGGUGGUAGAGCUCAGGAAGAGACCAUCCGACCCGUCCAGCCCCAGUUACACUCCCACCGGCAGGAGGUGCUCCUCACUGCCCAAUGGAGAUAUUCUGGAAAGCAUCGAGAGUACGGAGGUAAAGCAGCUGGACUUCCACUACUGGGGGCUGUUUGACGGUCACGGCGGUUCAGGCGCCGCCAUCUUUGCGUCCAAGUUUCUCCACCUCCAUAUCGAGGAGCGUCUCCAGGAACUGUUGGAGAUCCUUCAGAAUCCGUCCCUGCAGGCGCCCACCUGUCUGGGGGAGGAGAACACCGUGCACCACUUCCACCCGUCUGCCGGCUGCUCCCAGCGAGGGUUGUCCCGGGCUGCAUCUCUCCGAGGGGCUGCGGGAGCCCCGGGGUCGCCCAAUACCUCGGCCCCUCGGUUCUUCAUAGAGAAGAAAAUUAAACAGGAGAGUUUGGUGGUGGGAGCCAUCGAGAACGCCUUCAAAGAGAUGGAUGCUCAUAUAGGCAGAGAGAGAUCAGUGUAUUGUAUCUCAGGUGGAUGUACAGCUCUAGUGGUGAUGCAUUUACUCGGUAAACUGUACGUGGCCAACGCUGGUGACAGCAGGGCCGUCAUCAUCCGUGCCGGAGAGAUCGUUCCCAUGUCCAGCUCGUUCACUCCAGAAUCGGAGCGGCAGAGACUUCAGUUCCUGGCUCACUUGCAGCCUUCCCUGUUGGGAAAUGAGUUCACACACUUGGAGUUUCCUCGAAGAGUCACUAAGAAAGAGGUCGGGAAGAGAAUGCUGUACAGAGACUUCACUAUGAACGGAUGGGCCUAUAAAACCAUUCAGGAGGACGAUCUGAAGUUUCCACUCAUAUAUGGAGAAGGAAAAAUGGCACGUGUGUUCGCCACCAUCGGUAUCACACGUGGACUAGGCGAUCACGACCUGAAGGUUCACAACUCUGACAUCUCCAUCAAACCGUUCCUCUCCUGUUCUCCAGAGGUGAAGGUGUAUGAUCUCUCUCAGCACGAGCACGGUACUGAUGAUGUCAUAAUCCUGGGUACAGAUGGACUGUGGGAUGUGCUGUCCAAUGAGGAAGUGGCAGAGGCGGUCACUGGUUUCCUUGGAAACUGUGACCCUGAUGACCAACACAGGUACACUAUGGCAGCCCAAGACCUGGUCAUGAAGGCCAGAGGUGUCCUGAGAGAUCGAGGUUGGAGAAUCGUUGGAGACAAGCUCGGCUCUGGAGACGACAUUUCAGUCUUCAUAAUUCCUCUAAUGCACGCCAAUGUGCAACCUCAACCAAGCUGACCAAUCGGGAGGCAGGACGCCAACUAAACAGCCAAAUUUGUUCUUCUCUCAAAGCCUUUGGAUGGCCUGCUGGAUUUGAAGAAUGCUGCUGUGUGUUUGACCUCAUUUAAAGUACAAUUCUGCACAAGACUCAACAACAACUUACUUUGAAGACCCACGCCAACGUUCCCGACCUCUCUGGACUCGUGGAUCGGUAUGCAAGUUAUAACAUUGCACAGUGACUAUAAGGAGGGUCAUUUGCUUCUUUGAAGUUAUCAGUGGACCGAUGGAAACCGUCCGCAGUUUUUUUUUAUCUGCGUAAAAAUCGUCUGGCAGCUCGAUGGAACCGAUCAUGUGUUAUUUUUCUUUCAGGAUAUUCUCUCAAUGUUUAUUUUGCGGUUUGUGUUUUUUGCUUUCCCACCAAAUCAAAGCAAUUCUGACUGUAAUUUGUAUAUUCUGUAUAUGGAAAGAAAAUACUUUUAGAAAUUGCUGAAUCCUUAUCAUAUUUGGUUAGUUUCACCAACGCUUUGUACAGUAUGUUUACCAAGCGAAACUAAAAACUAAUAUUAUAAGAUCUUCCAUACCAAGAUUAUUAAAGUUUUGAAAA